AGGAACUGUAGUCUUUGUUUUUCGGGACGAGCACAAACUUCGUGGGCCUGCACGAAUCUGAUCCUCCACAGAUGGCUGCGCAGAUGGAGUUCUUUCCUGGCAUUUCUAAGAUCCCAUACGUGGCCCGUGCUGGAGCCCAGGAUGUCAUGUGCUUCAAACACUACAGUGCAGAGGAGGUGCUGUUGGGGAGGACGAUGGAGGACUGGCUCAGGUUCUCUGUCUGCUACUGGCACUCCUUCUGUGUAAAUGGCGCUGAUCCGUUUGGGUUUCCGACUCUCCACCGAUCCUGGAAUGAAGGAACUCCAAUGGAAUCGGCCAAGAAGAGGCUCCACGCUGCGUUUGAGUUUUUCACUAAUCUUGGUGUGAAAUAUUACACUUUUCAUGACAGGGAUUUGGCUCCUGAGGGCUCAACCCUGAACGAGUCCAAUAAGAAUCUGGAUUAAAUCACAGACCUGGCUCUGCAGCUACAAAACCAGACUGGGGUGAAGGUGCUGUGGGUCACCUGUAACCUGUUUGCCCACCCGAGGUACAUGAACGGUGCAGCCACAAAUCCUGACUGUCAUGUUCUGGCCUAUGCUGGUGCUCAGGUCAAGAAAGGGCUAGAUAUCGCCAAAAAACUGGGUGCAGAAAAUUUUGUGUUUUGGGGUGGAAGGGAGGGAUUCCAUUCCAUCCAUAACACUAAUGUAGCGGCUGAACUGAAGCACAUGGCCACCUUCUUCAAAAUGGCUGUCAAGUACAAAGAGGAGAUCGGGUUGAAGUGUCAGUUCCUCAUCGAGCCAAAGCCGUAGGAGCCCUGCAAACACCAAUAUGACUACGAUGCUAUGAGCGUGAUCGGAUUCCUGAAGCAUUAUGGUCUGGAUGGUCACUUUAAGCUGAACAUCGAGCCCAACCACACCACCUUGGCAGGACACUCCUAUGAACAUGACGUUGUCGUGGCAUCAGCAGGCUGUAUGUCUGGACCAGUUCCCCCCCAAAACCCAUUCCAGGAGUCCAGACUGUUUUCUCUGAACAGUUUUAUAUCAUCCACCAUCAUGCAUUAUUUUCUGACAGUGAUUGAACAAGGAGGCCUGCAGCCAGGCGGUCUGAACUUUGACGCCAAAGUCCGCAGAGAGUCGACAGACCUGGAUGACCUGUUCAUCGCUCACAUUGGCGCCAUGGACACCUUUGCACGAGGACUUAGGAAUGCUGUGCGCAUCAUUGAGGACGGGCUAAUGUCCAGUAUGGUGAAGGAGAGAUACUCGAGUUUCAGGUGUGACACUGGACAGAAGGUGGAGGAUGGCACGGCCACCUUAGAGGAGCUGAAGGAAUUUAUUAAGCAGCACGGCGAGCCAAAAGUGACAUCAGGGAAGCAAGAAAAAUAUGAAUCCAUCUUUAGUCACUACAUAUAAUGAUAAAAGUUAUGUCUUUAUUCAUCUGCACAUGAUGGCUAACCUUUGACCUUAAAUUGUUUUGUAUUAGAGCUGCAGAUACAAUAAUUGUCACUAACGUGAGGUAAAUAAAUAUGUGUGUGCACGGAAGCUGAUGUGAAGGAAAGACAUCUGUGAAAUGUAACAUUGGAAAUAUGUGAAAUAAUACUGUUUUAAAUACUGUCUUUCAGAAUUUAAUGUUGCUAAUAACUAAUUUUCACUGUGAAAAUUUAGACUUUGUAAUAAAACAAGUUUUCACAAUGACAUUGAUUAAUCAAAUAAAUGAUCGUCUUCA